GAAGUUUGUGGUUUCAAUCCACAAGCACGCAUGUGUAAUUUCUUCCAAGUCCAAUUUGCAAUAACUUAUUUUAUUUAUUAAAUAGAUAACUUUUUAUAUAAGGAUAUUCUAUCAUUUUUUAUUUAUGGCAUGUAAAUGAGAAAGUUUUGAAAUAUUUUUAACAAAGAAAAUUGAAAUGUUAUUUAUUGUUAAUCUUAACCUACAAAAAUCACAAUUUCAAAAGUUAUGCAACGUGUCAUCAAACACUAUUGUACUUGUUACAAUUAUUAAAUAUUUUAAUUAACACCAUCAUUGCAUUUUCUAAAGGUAAAAAUGUCCAAAAAGAGUAUUAUUCUAGUAACCGGAGGUAGUGGUUUGGUAGGUAGAGCUAUACAAGAGAUUGUUCUAUUGGAAAAGAGGACAGAUGAAACCUGGAUAUUUUUGAGUAGUAAAGAUGUAGAUUUAUGUGAUUAUGAUAGUACGAAAAAAGUAUUUGAAAAAUAUCAACCCACACAUGUUAUUCAUUUAGCAGCAAUGGUUGGUGGACUCUUUCAUAAUAUGUCUCAUAAUUUGGACUUUUUAAGAAACAAUUUAAAGAUUAAUGAUAAUGUCUUGCAAAUAAGCUUUGAAACCAAAGUACAAAAGGUUGUAUCUUGUCUUUCUACAUGUAUAUUCCCAGAUAAAACUGAAUAUCCAAUCGAUGAAACGAUGGUACACAACGGACCUCCCCAUCCUUCUAAUUUUGGUUACAGUUACGCAAAACGUCUAAUAGAUAUCCAGAACAAGGCGUAUAAUCAACAACACGGUUGUAUGUUUACUUCAGUCAUUCCAUGCAAUGUUUUUGGACCACACGAUAACUACAAUUUAGAAUCGAGUCAUGUUAUACCAGGUCUUAUAAGGAAACUACAUGAUACUAUACAAAAAGGUGGUACUACAUUUAAUGUUAUGGGUACGGGAAAGCCAUUAAGACAAUUUAUUUAUUCAUUAGAUCUUGCAAAAUUAUUUUUGUGGGUCUUGAGAGAAUACAAGGAAAUUGAACCAAUAAUUUUAUCAGUUGAUGAACAGUCAGAAGUAUCUAUCAAAGAGUUAGCAAACGAAAUUGCAAAAGCCUUUGAUUUUACAGGCGACAUCGUAUUUGAUACUACCAAAGCUGAUGGACAGUACAAAAAGACUGCAAGUAAUGCAAAAUUGAGAAAAUACUUACCCGAUUUUGAAUUUACACAAUUUUCUGUUGCGAUAAAACACAGCGUUGAUUGGUACAGACAAAAUUAUAAAACUGCUAGAAAUUAAAUUAUAUUUUAAAAAUUA